AAAAGAAAAGAAAAAAAAGAUAGAAGCACGUUGAUUAGUUCUUGAAAUGGAUAAAGUGGAAAACUUGAUUUGGCUACAGCUACAUCAUUUUGUUUUGAGGUUUUUUAUUGGGCAUCAAUAUUGCUCAGCAUUUUUUAUAGGUGACGCUCUAUAAUUAGUUAACGAUAUUCUCUAAAAAUUAUUUUCUUAAAUUAUAUGAGACCUAACACUUAAUUAUACUAAUAACAAUAUAACACAAAAAAAAAAUACUGAACACUAAUAAUACCUUUUAGAGAUUCUCUUUUGUUUUAUAUACUAUAUAGUGUAAAUUUAGGGAAUUUUACAAAAAUACUGUUUUUGGACCAAAACUUUACAAUUAUAUUGGGACACGGCAAAAACAACAUUUUUACUGCCCCAGCCCAAUUUCAUUACUUUUGUACUGCCCAAGCCCAACAACAUUUCAUUUAUACUGUGAACAAUAAAACACACGGGAAACAACCUGCUUCGUGUGUGGGGAGUCGCCGGAGACGGAAAUCACUAAGAAAAAACCAUUAAAUCCGGCGAAGAGUUUUUUUGUAAAGGAAUCAGAAUUGAAGAACAAGACGUACAGAAAACUGUCCCCCCAAAAUAACAGAGGUAAUGGAACGUCUACCAGUACUCAUCAAGAGCAAUGGACAAUGGAAUGAAGAUCACAAUUAUGUGAACUAUGUGGCUAGUGGAGAAUUCAUACCAACAAAAUGCAAGUACGAAGAGCUACUGCAAAUACUGCUUACUUCAUUGGGUUGCGAAAACACCAGCACAACACUACAAAUACAGUACCAAGCUAAAGAAGGAAUACCACCGAUCAAAAUAUGCAACGAUCGAAGCCUCUACUUUUACUUGGAAUUGAAAAUGAAGGAAACAGAUUUCACUACAUAUCCACUAUGUGUCAACCAGCAAAACAACAACACAACACCUGCUGCAACACCAAAUUCGAUAUCCACAACAACACCGUAUGAAUAUAAUGUGGCAAUGAUCGAAAACAACACAACAACGCUUGAAAACAACAUAACAACAACAGAAUCAUACACAACGGGACAACAAACAGAAGAAGGGGAAAAGUCAGAAACAAUAGAAGAUGAGGAGGACAAAUUCGACAUAAUUGACUAUGCAAAUCUGGUUGCUGAAGAAAUGGUAGAACAACUUGAAAACACCAGUAAAAAACUGGAUCCAGAAAUCAACAUCAACAAUGCAAAGUUAAUAACAGACAAGCAACACCCCGAAGUGGAAAAAGGACAGGCAUACAAAGACAAAGAAACUCUAAAAAAUGUCCUCAGCUACUACGCAAUCAAAAACAACUUUCAAGACAAAGUGUGGAAGUCCCGCUCUCAAGAGUACAAAUUCGAAAUCCUUAACAAAUGCCCUGUUUCCACAAUUUGUACCGAAAUACACAUGUCUGGUAUCUGCAACAGGUUCUCAAAUAUGCACACAUGCCCCAUAAAUAUUAGGCAUGAAGACCAAAGGCAAGCAACAUCGAAACUGAUAGGGGAAUGCAUAAAACCGAAGUUCUUGAACAUAAAGACCAAGGCAACAGCGAUGGACAUAAAAGGGGAGUUGAAAUACAGAUAUGGCAUCAAAAUGAACUAUAUGAAAGCUUGGAGAAGUAAGGAACAUGCAGUAAACGACUUGAGAGGUAAUGCUAGUGACUCGUACAGCCUAAUACCGAGUUUCUUACACAUGGUGGAAAAAACAAACCCUGGAUCGUUUGUCGAUCUGAAAACGGCAGAAGACAACAACUUGCUCUUUGUUUUCAUGGCGUUGGAUGCAUCCAUAAAAGGGUGGGGAGCAUGCAGACCGAUAGUUGUUGUGGACGGAACGUUCCUCAAAGCAGCUUAUGGGGGAACUUUGUUGUGCGCAUGCACACAAGAUGCAGCAGGUCAUAUUUUUCCACUAGCGUUUUGUGUUGCAGAUUCUGAGAAUGACCAAUCUUGGAAAUGA